GUUAGCCAAAAAAAACUCCAAAAAAUCCAAUAUUAUAAUUUAUUAUCCUUCAUUCGUCUCGCAGUCGCAGCAACGGUUCUUACUUGAUGAAGUAGAGUCAGUAGAUCGAUAAAGAGAGAGAGAAACCUUUGUGUGUUUUGUUUCUGUGUGCUCCCAAUCUAACUUCUUCCGUUUCAAUUUUUCAGUUAUCUUCACAAUCUCUUUUUUCUCAAUGAUUCGUUAGAAAAGUUUUGUAAUCUUCCGAUUCCAUUUAUUUUUUCCCCCAAUCUGUGUGAAUCAUCAAUCAAUCAAUCAAUCUCCGUUAGAUUUUUUUUUUUACCUUUCCAGCCACAUUUUUCUCGUCUUUUUUCGUAAUUUUCUCGGGAAAAUUUUGUAACUUUCGAGGAAAGUGAUGACAAAGCCCGAGUCUUUGAAGAGAAAAGAAACUGCUUUGGACUUCCGUUACUGAGAUAUAUAACAAAAAAUCUCAAUGAUUCAUUGAGCGAGGAAGCUUAUCUUACUACUACUACUAAAGGGGUUUUAGUUUUGUGGUUCUCUUCUUCAUCUCUCUGAGUGAUGGGUUGUGCUUAUUCCAAAACUUGCAUUGGUCAGAUUUGCGCCACGAAAGAGAAUAGUAUCCGGCAAACUCAUCAUCAACAACAAGAAGCUCCGCCGAGAGGUCCGAAUGCUUCUGCGGCGGCGACGACUGAGGAGGAUAAUCCGGUGUUUAAUCUCUCUUCAGAUGCGGUGGAUGACGACGACGAAAUCCAUCAGCUGAGUUUGACUAGAGACCAGGAAUGGGGGAUUACUCGUCUUUCUAGGGUUUCCUCUCAAUUUCUACCACCGGAUGGGUCUAGGGUUGUCAAGGUUCCUUCUUGCGACUACGAAUUGAGAUACUCGUUUCUCUCUCAGAGAGGGUAUUACCCUGAUGCUCUCGAUAAGGCUAAUCAAGAUAGUUUCGCUAUCCAUACGCCCUUUGGGAGUAACUCUGAUGAUCAUUUCUUUGGGGUUUUUGAUGGGCACGGUGAGUUUGGUGCGCAGUGCUCGCAGUUUGUGAAGCGGAGGCUCUGUGAGAAUCUUCUUAGACAUGGUAGGUUCCGUGUAGAUCCUGCAGAGGCUUGUAAUUCGUCCUUCUUGGCCACGAACUCUCAGCUGCAUGCUGAUAUUGUUGAUGAUAGUAUGAGUGGGACAACUGCGAUUACGGUUAUGGUUAGAGGAAGGACGAUUUAUGUGGCCAAUGCGGGUGACUCCAGGGCGGUUUUAGCUGAGAGAAGAGAUGGUGAUCUUGUAGCUGUUGAUUUGUCUAUUGACCAGACUCCUUUUAGAUCCGAUGAGCUUGAAAGGGUUAAACUUUGCGGAGCUAGAGUUCUUACUCUUGAUCAGAUUGAAGGCUUGAAAAACCCUGAUGUUCAGUGUUGGGGUACUGAGGAAGAUGAUGAUGGAGAUCCUCCCAGACUUUGGAUUCCCAAUGGAAUGUAUCCUGGAACUGCUUUUACCAGGAGUAUUGGUGAUUCUAUUGCAGAGACUAUUGGUGUUGUUGCUAACCCUGAGAUUGCUGUUGUUGAGCUCACACCGGAUAAUCCUUUCUUUGUGAUUGCUAGUGAUGGUGUCUUUGAGUUCAUCUCUAGUCAAACUGUGGUUGACAUGGUUGCAAAGCAUAAGGAUCCUCGAGAUGCUUGUGCUGCAAUUGUUGCUGAAUCAUAUAGGCUAUGGCUACAGUAUGAAACUCGGACAGAUGAUAUAACCAUCAUUGUCGUCCACAUUAAUGGGCUAAAAGACGAUGCACCUCGGCAAUUGUCAAGUACUGGAACUCUAAUGCAGCCUCCUAUUCCCCAAGUUGUGGAGCUUACAGGUUCAGAAUCUCCUUCCACCUUUGGAUGGAAUUCUAAAAACCAGCGUGUGAGGCAUGAUCUAUCUCGAGCUAGAAUACGUGCCAUUGAGAGUUCACUAGAGAAUGGACAUGCUUGGGUUCCUCCGUCUCCAGCCCAUAGAAAAACCUGGGAAGAAGAAGCACACAUUGAGCGGGUAUUGCGUGACCAUUUCCUCUUCAGGAAACUCACUGAUUCUCAGUGCCAGGUUUUGUUGGAUUGCAUGCAAAGGCUUGAAGCUAAUCCAGGGGAUGUUGUUGUGAAACAGGGUGGUGAAGGGGACUGCUUCUACGUUGUAGGUAGUGGCGAAUUUGAGGUCUUGGCAACUCAGGAUGAAAAGAACGGCGAGGUUCCUAGGAUCUUGCAGCGUUAUACAGCUGAGAAACAAUCAUCAUUCGGUGAACUUGCCUUGAUGCAUAACAAGCCACUUCAGUCUUCUGUACGUGCUGUGGAUCACGGAACAUUGUGGGCCUUAAAAAGAGAGGAUUUUAGAGGAAUUCUGAUGUCUGAGUUUUCAAACUUAGCAUCCUUGAAGCUUCUUCGUUCUGUUGAUCUUCUUUCCCGUCUUACAAUUUUGCAACUAAGCCAUGUUGCAGAGUCUCUUUCCGAAGCUUGCUUCUCUGAUGGACAAACAAUAGUUACCAAGGACGAAAAACUUCAGGGCUUGUAUGUUAUCCAGAAGGGAGUCGUGAGAAUUACUUUCGGUACAGAGGUGUUGGAUAGUCAAAACGUUUCAAGCCUUAAAACGGAAAUCACUAAAGAAUAUGAGAAUGCUGAAAUUGGAACAGAAGUCUCCAUAGAAAAGCAAGAAGGAAGUUACUUUGGUGAAUGGGCACUUCUUGGUGAACUCAAAGAUUCCUUAAGUGUGGUCGCCGUUGGCGAUGUGGUCUGUGUGAUUUUAACAAAAGAAAAUUUCGAGUCAGCGGUUGGCCCUCUGACCAAUCUUACAGAUGACAGUCACAAGUCAAGACAUGCUUCAUUUGAUCUGUCCAAGGAAUCUGCAAAAGUUACUGAUACUACAGCCCUUGCUAAAGCCACCCUUGCAGAUUUGGAAUGGACGACAUGCUUGAGUUCAACAGACUGCAGUGAGAUUGGGCUCGUGCAUUUGAAAGAUAAAGAAAAUUUGCUUAGCUUGAAAAGAUUUUCAAAGCAAAAGGUGAAAAAGUUAGGUAAAGAGGCACAAGUCUUGAAAGAGCGGAAUCUGAUGAAGAACGUAAUAAAAGCCUCAGCUUUUGUUCCCGAAAUCUUGUGCACUUGUGUCGAUGAAACAUUUGCAGCCAUCUUACUGAAUGCUACUCUUGCUUGUCCUAUAUCUUCUCUUCUUCACUCCCCACUUGACGAGUCAUCUGCCCGUUUCAUUACUGCCUCACUUGUGUCUGUCUUAGAAGAUAUACACAAGAACGAGAUUCUCUUCAGAGGUUCAUCCCCCGAGUUACUGAUGUUGGAUCAAUCCGGAUAUCUACAGGUUGUAGACUUCAGAUUCGCCAAGAAACUAUCCGGGGAACGAACAUAUACAAUCUGCGGAAAUGCAGAUUACUUAGCCCCGGAAAUUGUUCAAGGGAAAGGCCAUGGUUUUGCAGCUGACUGGUGGGCUCUUGGAGUUUUGAUCUACUAUAUGCUAGAAGGAGAAAUGCCAUUCGGGUCAUGGAGGGAAAGCGAGCUAGACACCUUUCAAAAGAUUGCAAAAGGCCAACUAACUUUUCCUCGAGCUCUAAGCUCAGAAGCGGAAGAUCUCAUCGCCAAGUUGCUUGAAGUUGAUGAAAACCUGCGGUUUGGUAGCCAAGGAGGUCCUGAAUCGAUCAAGAAACAUCCCUGGUUCAAUGGACUUAAAUGGGAAGCUAUUAGUAACCGUGAAUUUCAAGUUCCUCAAGAGAUAAUGUCGCGCAUUCAUCACCAUUUGGAGAAUGACACCGUUCUCCCCCUAGAAACUGCCCAAUCGCUCGACACAACAGAUGAUAAAGAUGCUCGAAAUUGGCUUGAAGAAUGGUAAGAGACUUGAAACAAAACCGCAGCUGUUUUUGCCCGCUUCUAUUCAAUUCAAAUUUAUGUGCUUGUAAACAGUCAUUGAUGCUGAAAACAAGGGAGCCUAUGAAUCUUAAAACCAUGAUUCAUGAGAAAGUUUAGGAUCUUUUGAUUGUGGUGUAAAUAGGUGUAUAUGUUUAGAGAAUGGCUGAAGAAGAUCAUUCACCAAUCACCUCCAAGUUUUGUAUUCUCUGACUUCUUUUUCUGAUGGGCUCUGACUUUUAUAGAAAGAGUUCUCUGUUUU